GAAAGCGGUGUGGCUAAGGAGGAAGUACAGUAGCUAUGCCAAUGUGAAUUGAUUACACAUGUCAUUGUUGCUAACUUAGCAACGACUUUAUUUGCAUUGAAGCGUGUUUGAUCGUUUGCGAAACAUGGCUUGUUUUUUCAGAAGAAAGAUAGCAGCAAAGCUGGGUCGUACGCUGCAGCAGUCUGAGGAUGUCUUCAUACCAGCUCUGUCAGCAGUUCCAGUUUUUAGGAAACAGCAGAGUCCUGACUUCAAACUGUCAAUCAACACAUUACGGAGCAGUGGGGUUUUACCAUCCAGUGGUGACACCCAGCAGCAAUCAGAGGAAUUAGCCAACCGGUUAAAGCAGGACAGUGUGGUGGAAGAUAUUUCUGCUGGAAAUGGAGUGAUAAACUUCAAAGUGAAUCGGAAGCUUCUUGUCGAGAAAAUGUUGGAGCCAUUUGGAAAGGAGGAUGAUCACAAAUUUGGAUUAAAUAGUGAACUCUUCAAGACUCUUAAGAAAGGAACAACAUUAGUUGAGUAUAGCUCUCCAAAUAUUGCCAAGAAGUUUCACGCUGGACACUUAAGAUCUACAAUUAUUGGUAACUUCAUUGCCAACCUAAAGCAGUCACUUGGAAACAAUGUUAUUAGAAUGAACUACCUCGGAGACUGGGGUAUGCAGUUUGGUUUGCUAGGAGCUGGGUUUGGAAAAUUUGGCUGCCAGGAAAAACUGAAACAGAAUCCCCUACAGCAUUUGUUUGAGGUUUAUGUUCAAGUAAACAAGGAAGCGGAGCACAAUGAGGACACGAUGCAGGCGGCCAGAGACUUCUUCAGACAGCUGGAGCAGCAUGAGAGCGAAGCUGUGUCGUUAUGGCAACAGUUCAGAGAGAUCACAGUGGACGAGUAUCAACGUGUUUACAAACGUUUAAACGUCCACUUUGAUAUUUACUCCGGGGAGUCCUUUCACCAACAUGGAGCCCAGGAGGUGGUGCAGCAGCUGCAGAGCCGAGGCCUGUUAAAAACCUCUGAGACAGGAGCCGGUGUAGUGGAUACGUCCACAGGUGGAGACAUGAGCAGCGUCUGUGCGGUGCAGCGCGCCGACGGCACAACGCUGUACAUCACCAGGGAUCUUGCUGCAGCGAUCGACAGAAAAGAAAAGUACAAUUUUGAUGAGAUGAUUUAUGUGACGGAUAAAGGUCAAGCCAAUCACUUCAACCAGUUGUUCCACAUUCUGCGUGCUUUGGGACAUUCUUGGGCUGACAGGUGUGAGCAUGUGCCCUUCGGCCUGGUGCGGGGCAUGAGCACCCGCAGCGGGGAGGUGGUGUUUCUGGAGGACGUUCUGAACGAGGCUCGCAACAGGAUGCUGCACAACAUGAGCCAGUCAAAGACGACAAAAGAAAUGGACGACCCUGAGGACACAGCAGAGAAAGUGGGAAUCAGUGCACUAAUAGUCCAGGACUUCAAAGGUCCUCUGCACUCGGACUAUAAGUUUGACUGGGACCGGAUGCUGCAGGCUCAGGGAGACACGGGCGUCUUCCUCCAGUACACACACGCUCGACUCUGCAGUUUAAUACGCAGCAAUGAAGGUGUCGGUGGAUUUAUAUUUGAUCCAUCGCUCCUACUCGAGCCAACGAGCAUCAUCGUCCUGCAGCACCUGCUUCGCUACGAUGAGGUUUUGUACCAGUCGUCCCAGGAUCUGCAGCCCAAACACCUCGUCAACUUUUUAUUGAAGCUGUGCCACCUGGUUGCCUCGGCACACAGAGAGCUGCCGGUAAAAGGGAGCAGUCAGGAUGUUGCACAGGCGAGGUUGCGACUGUUCAGCGGAGCGCGCUCAGUCCUGGCCGGUGGGAUGAGGAUCCUGGGAAUCACACCGGUGGAUAAAAUGUGAAGCUACAUUAUCAGUGUUCAUUUAACAACUGAGGUGCCACACUGCUUUUAGUUAAUUAUUACUGUAAAUAAAAGGCCUUUUUUAUUGAAAUAAAAUCAUCAGAAGA